AUGGCACCAACCGGGGCGCUUACCGCACCCACGCAAAGCCAUGGCGUUGCCCUCCGCAGCGGCGUAUCUCCGAACCGGUCGAGGAAAACAUGGCAAAGUCCGAGCGAAGGCCACCUCAGUCGCGAGAACUCGCGUGGAAGUAGACGAUCGGGCGCGAGCAAGAAGAAGGAUGCGUGGUGGAAGACGCGGCUGUUCGCUGGCAUGUACAAUGAUAUACGGAGAAGAGCGCCGUUCUACUGGAGCGACUUCAAGGACGCGUGGGACUAUCGCGUGGUUCCGGCGACCGUGUACAUGUAUUUUGCGAACAUUCUCCCCGCUUUGGCUUUUAGUCUGGACAUGUUCGUGAAGACAGACCAAAGUUUUGGUGUCAAUGAGGUCCUUUUAUCGUCGGUACUCGCAUCUGUCGUGUUCUCGCUGGCCGCAUGCCAACCGCUCGUCAUUGUGGGCGUGACUGGUCCUAUAACCGUGUUCAAUUACACAGUGUACGAUAUUAUAACACCCCGUGGCACCAACUACUUUGCCUUCAUGGCAUGGAUCGGGAUAUGGUCCCUGAUAUUUCACUGGAUCCUCGCCAUCACAAACUCGUGCAAUGCCCUCCGCUACGUGACUCGCUUCUCCUGUGACAUUUUCGGAUUCUACGUUGCAUUUAUUUACCUGCAAAAGGGUAUACAGGUUCUCACCCGCCAGUGGGAGAUAUCAGACGCCUCAGCCUACCUCUCCAUCGCCAUUGCGCUGCUCGUUACAAGUGUUGCAUACAUAUGCGGCAUCCUAGGUACCUCUGCCCUCUUCCAGCGCCACAUUCGCAAGUUCAUCGAAGACUACGGGACGCCCCUGACAGUUGUCUUCUUCACCGGCUUCGUCCACAUCGGCAAGAUGGCGAACAUCGAGCUCCUCAAGUUGCCCACGAGCAAAGCCUUCUUCCCAACCAUCGACCGCGGGUGGUUCAUCCACUUCUGGGACAUCAGCGUCGGCGAUGUCUUCCUGGCCAUCCCCUUCGCAGUCCUCCUAACAAUCCUCUUCUGGUUCGACCACAACGUAUCCUCCCUCAUCGCCCAAGGCACCGAAUUCCCCCUUCGGAAACCCGCCGGCUUCCAUUGGGACCUCUUCCUCCUGGGCCUGACCACCGGCGUCGCCGGCCUCCUCGGGAUCCCCUUCCCCAACGGCCUCAUCCCACAAGCACCCUUCCACACAACUUCCCUCUGCGUAACGCGUACCGUCUCCGAUGACGAUGACGAGGCAAACAAAGGCCACACCCGCCGCGUCGUCGACCACGUUGUAGAACAACGCGUCUCGAACCUCGCGCAGGGCCUCCUCACAUUGGGCACCAUGACAGGCCCGCUCCUCAUCGUCCUGCACCUCAUCCCGCAGGCCGUGCUCGCAGGCUUGUUCUUCGUAAUGGGCAUCCAGGCCCUGGAGGGCAACGGUAUCACGCUCAAACUGCUCUUCCUCGCGCGGGACAAGCACCUCACGCCGCGAUCGGACCCGCUCAUGCGCAUCGAACGGCGGUCCGCGAUUUGGGUGUUUGUCGCGCUGGAGCUGGUUGGAUUCGGCGCGACGUUCGCGAUCACGCAGACGAUUGCGGCGAUUGGGUUUCCGGUGUUUAUCUUGCUGUAUAUCCCUAUGCGCACGUGGGGUAUGCCGAGGUGGUUCACUGAGGCGGAGUUGAGGGUGUUGGAUGCGCCGACGGCGAGCCCGUUCACGAUGGAGAGUGUAGGCGGGAACCACGGCGAAAUUAUCGAGCCGGAAACUAGCGGGGAUGAUGUGUUAUCAGAGAGUGACGAGGCGGAGAGGGGCGAGAGGAGCGGCAGGAGGUUAUCGAGACAUGAGAGUGUAGUGGAAGAAGGUAGACGAAACGCAGAGGGUGCGAGUAGACGGAGGAGCAGUAUUCGAACUGCGGAGGCGAUGGAACUCGAUAACAUUGAAAAAGCAUAG